AACUAUACAAAAGCCACCAGAAUGCCUGAAGCAGGAACAGACAUGAGCAUGGACAGACUUUUUGACCUGAAACCUCCAGCUUCCUCGGGCACGGAGAACAUCCCGCCGUCCUCCCUGACCAGUGGGCCUCCGGGGGACAUCCUGAAAAACUUCUACCACACCAAGAGGGUCGGAAAUUAUCUGAUCGGAAGGAAACUGGGAGAGGGGUCGUUCGCCAAAGUGCGAGAGGGGCUGCAUGCCCUCACUGGAGAGAAGGUGGCUGUAAAAGUGAUCGACAAACGGAAAGCCAAGAAGGACUCGUACGUGACCAAAAACCUGCGGCGAGAGGGUCAGAUCCAGCAGAUGAUCCGCCACCCCAACAUCACUCAGCUGCUGGACAUCCUGGAGACGGAGAACAGUUACUACCUGGUGAUGGAGCUCUGCCCCGGAGGGAACCUAAUGAACCUCAUCUACGAGAAGAAGCGGCUGGACGAGCGCGAGGCUCAGAAAUACGUCCGACAGCUGGUCAUGGCUGUGGAGCACCUACACAGAGCUGGCGUGGUGCACAGAGACCUGAAGAUUGAGAAUCUGUUGCUGGAUGAACAAGACAACAUAAAGCUCAUCGAUUUCGGGCUGAGCAACUGCGCCGGGAUCCUGGGGUAUUCGGACCCGUUCAGCACGCAGUGUGGCAGCCCGGCCUACGCCGCCCCCGAGCUGCUCUCCAGGAAGAAGUACGGGCCCAAAGUGGACGUCUGGUCCAUAGGGGUCAACAUGUACGCCAUGCUCACCGGUACGCUCCCGUUCACGGUGGAGCCGUUCAAUCUCAAAGCCCUUCAUCAACGGAUGGUGGACAAGGACAUGAACCCUCUUCCCUCUUCUGUCUCUUCAGCUGCGGUUAGCUUACUGAAGAGCCUGCUGGAACCCGACCCCGCCCAGAGACCCAACAUUCACCAAGUCAUGGCCGAUUCGUGGUUACAGCUGGGCAACCCGCACACCGGGAUCCCGUACCUGAACAGGAUUCACAUAGAGGAGAUCAACCACACGGUCCUGCUGCACAUGACCGAGCGGAUGGGCUACAAACACAGCGAAGUCCUGAGCGCCGUGCUCACCAACAAGGCCUGCCACACCCUCACCGUCUACUUCCUCCUCAACAAGAAGAUGAAAAGACUUUCCAAAGAGUACCGGGAAAAGCAGUACACGGUGGAGAAGGAGAAAAAGAGCGAGCUGUUCCAGACCCAGUGGAGGAAACACGUGGAGAAGAUCACCAUCCCCCCCAAGCAGACGCCCGUCUAUCUGGCCGUCAGCAAAGGUCCCACCAAGGAGAAGAAACAGAAAACAGGACUCCUCAAAGCCAUGACCGGCCUGAAGGACGCCUACUCGCGACAGGCCGGCUGCAUCACCAGCUCCUCCCUGGAAUACUUAGAGAUCCAUCCGGUGUUUCCACAAGCGCCUCAGAACGGACACCACAAAGACGCCCAGCCGCCUAAGAAGGACGCCCCGAGAGCCGUGGACGUGCCCGCGCGGCCUCCCUCCUCGCUGGGCGCUCACUCCUGGGCAUCGGCCAGCAAAGAGCCCAGCAAGGAGUCUCCGCCGUCGCCCUGGUACAAGCUCACCAACGGUGCCCUGUCGCCGCCGCGUCACGUCUCGGCUUUCCACCUGGCGGACAAUUCCUACCUCAAAAAAGCGCCGAUUCCCAGCGUACCAGUGGUGGUGGUAAAACCCCAGCCCAAGAAGAGUUCGGAGAGCUCGGACAAGGGCUGCAAUACAGACUGGCACAACACGCCCGAGUCCAGCAGCAGUGGGGGGAGCAGCGAGGAGCCCAGCAGUCCGCAGCACCGCUCCAAGUUCCCUUCGAUGGGGAUUGGGCAGAUUUUAAAGAAGAAGGUGUCACCGUUUGCCUUUCCGCCUCCGGCAUUCAAGCCCGAACCGGCCGUGGAGGUGGAAUCGCCGACCCCGUACCACAUGCAGACAUUACUCUGUGCCGGGGCACUCAAGACACUUUGUUGACCACGAAAGUGUUUAUUUCUAAAAUGACAGAAUUAAGUUUAUUCAGUACAAAGCACCAGAACUUAUGAACUGAAUAAAACCAUAUGCAGUAAUUUUAUACUCAUCCCCGAUUGUUAUUCCCUACCAAGCGCCAGGGCUUCCAGCGCGACAGGGUGAUCGAUGUUAACCCCCUGGGGAGCGAACCGGUCCUUGGUAUGCAUAGGCAGAGAUGCCUGUAAAGAGCGGGCGCACCCCAGCUCUGAGCACUGUGUUAUUUAUUACCUCUAAUGACGCCGCCACUGGCGUGGCGCUCGCUUUCCAUUUCAGCCACCUGACAUUGAAUCCCGUUCAAGGAGUUCUUUCUGUUUUAACGGUAGGAAAUAAUGCUGCGUCACUGCCAGUCCACCACGUACCUUUACAACGGAGCGCCUGCGGAGCAAUACGGCCUGAGAACGGCCUCGUGGAGGUCCACCUUAGACCCUCAGGUCUACUUUACAGAAGAAAAUCUCCCUUUAGAAGAACGUCUCGCUGUGUAUGCCUGAACUUAAACUUGAGGUUGAGGAGAUUGCUGAGUCCUGUAUAGCCUUAAAUUGUAUUUAAUCCUUCACGACCAAAAUCUGGGCGGGUCACAUUCCACAUUCCAUAUCGUGAGUUCAUUAUUUUGCAUCCUUGUAUCACCCAUGGUGUUAAAUACAGUAGAUAUAUAGUGCAAUAGUGCAUCCGUGUCGUCUCUCCAGUGUUCAUCAUCGCCACGCCCUCAUGCCGCGUUCGUGUCCACCGAAUAUUUCUUCUUGUAAAUAAGAAACUGGAGCGUCUCACGUCCGGUCCAUUCCCUUCCUCCCAUCACAUGACUGUCGUCGAGGUGAAGAGCUUUCCACGUGAUUACUUGAAGAGAUGGCGACGAGCUGUUCUGACUGUUUUUUCCCACACAGACGGCGUCUUUGCAUGCGUUCGGACGUUUUUGAAACACUCCGUGUCGUCUUUUGGAAGAUUUUGUUACCUCUUUGUUACUCCAGGUCUAAAGACGUUUUGGAUUCUGCAGGCCUUUUUUUGUACACGUUUUCUAAUGAGUUGUGUGUUUACGUGAGAGAUUUUAU